AGCCUCAUCAAAAUCAUCAUCCAUUAAACCCCCUCCCACCGCGCGCCCUCCCUCUUUCUCUCCUCCUCCGUCCUCCUUUUUAAUGGAGCUCGCGGGUGAUCGGGAGCGCACGGCGCGUCUGGAUCGCCUGUUCCGGUGACUCCAUCCCCUGAUGAAGGCUUGGCUCGCGCUCUGCUCGUCAAAGCUGGACGCGCACACACCUAAGGGGAUCAGACUAAGCGCGUCCUCUCGGAAUAACGUCGCCUUCCUGUGUGGAUUUCGGUUCUGGUGCUUUUCUUCCCGUCUCGGAUGUUAGCGCGCAUCUCUCCGGCGCGCAUGAAGGGGGAUUUUCAUUGGGUGACUGUUCAUUCUUUUACUCCGUUUUGUCACUUUUUAGGGUCAGAUUGAGACUAUUUCCCGCGCGGCUUUCUUAAAUGUGCUCGGCAGAAAGGUGUCGAUAGAUUAAAAACACAGGAAAGUUGGGCGCGCGCUGAUCUGGAGAACAUGGCUAUGGUGGCUUGGAGAAACGCGGAGGGCGUCGGGGACACUCCGGGGACUCUGUCCUCCCCGGUGUCCCAGGUGGCCCCCCUGACGUUACCGGGGGAGCUGACGGGACACAGGAACCCGGGGACGCCGGCGACCUCCCUGGAGCUACCGCCGGCGGCGGCAGCGGCUCCUCCACCGCCCAACCAGUCCGGCAGCUCCGCCGCGACCACAGCGGCGACCAACAACAACAACAGCACCUCCUUCUCCUCCUCAUCCUCCUCCUCGUCGUCCAUGGACAAGCAGCAGAGCCAGCAGAUCGAGUGCAUCGUGUGCGGGGAUAAAUCCAGCGGGAAACACUACGGACAGUUCACCUGCGAGGGCUGCAAGAGCUUCUUCAAGCGCAGCGUCCGGCGGAACCUGACCUACACCUGCCGGGCCAACAGGAACUGUCCCGUGGACCAGCACCACCGCAACCAGUGCCAGUACUGCCGCCUGAAGAAAUGCCUGAAGGUCGGCAUGAGGAGGGAAGCCGUCCAAAGAGGCAGGGUCCCCACCCAGGCGUACCACGGCCAGUUCGCGCUAACGAACGGUGACCCGCUCCAGUGUCACUCCUACCUGUCCGGGUACAUCUCUCUGCUCCUGCGGGCCGAACCCUACCCGACCUCCCGGUUCGGCUCCCAGUGCCUGCAGAACAACAACAUCAUGGGCAUUGAGAACAUCUGCGAGCUGGCGGCCCGGAUGCUGUUCAGCGCCGUGGAGUGGGCCCGCAACAUCCCGUUCUUCCCGGACCUGCAGGUGUCGGACCAGGUGGCCCUCCUGCGCCUCACCUGGAGCGAGCUGUUCGUGCUGAACGCCGCGCAGUGCUCCAUGCCCGUGCACGUAGCGCCGCUGUUGGCCGCCGCGGGCCUCCACGCGUCCCCCAUGUCGGCCGACCGGGUGGUGGCCUUCAUGGACCACAUCCGGGUCUUCCAGGAGCAGGUGGAGAAGCUGAAGGUGCUGCACGUGGAUUCGGCUGAGUACAGCUGCCUGAAGGCCGUCGUGCUGUUUACCACAGAUGCCUGCGGUUUGUCGGACAUGGCGCACGUGGAGAGCCUCCAGGAGAAAUCCCAGUGCGCGUUGGAGGAGUACGUGAGGAGUCAGUACCCCAACCAGCCCAACAGGUUCGGGAAGCUGCUGCUCCGCCUGCCGUCCCUGCGCACCGUCUCCUCCUCCGUCAUAGAGCAGCUCUUUUUUGUGCGUCUGGUGGGGAAGACCCCCAUCGAGACCCUCAUCCGGGACAUGCUGCUGUCCGGCAGCAGCUUCAGCUGGCCUUACAUUCCCAAUCUCCAAUAGAGGAAAACCGCUGCCGGGCUCAACAAAAAGCUCUCAAUCCUGUUUUUGUUUUAUAAAGUGCAGGUAUUUUUCUUUUUUUUUUUGUCUGCCGGUGGAAUGAGAUUACGAAAAGCAAAUUCAUGCUAUUUUGUUUUGCUGUCAGAGGGGAUAUCUGCCUUAUUCCGGAAAGGAAAGCGAUGAACUUAUCGACGAAGUGAUCGGCGGCAGAUCAUUAACCCGUUCACCCACAAACACCAACUGAUCCCGGUGACCUCUUACAAACUGCAUUUUUUGGGGGAACUAAAAAAAAAAACAAUAUUUAUUGGACCCGUGUGAAUAUUUAUCGUGCUUGUAAAUUAUGUUUUUUUUUUGUUUUUUUUACUGUCUCAUAUCUAUAAAUAUAUAUAUAUAUUUUUUUGCCCUGGUUCUGAAAACUGCGGCGACUGUCUUACGUGUUUUCUUUACUGUCGUUGUUUUCGUACCUUUUCAGACGAAGCACUUUGGACUGAAACGUCGUAAACUCCAAACCGUGCUCGGAUCCGACCAGCCGCCAGGCUAAAAGCACUGAUUCUGUUUGAUGUUAAACAAAAAAAAAAAACCAUUAUUUUCAGGUUGUGCCAAUUCUUUUUUUUAAUUGAAAUAUUUUACAAAACAAAUUCUUUGCCGUUUGGUUUAUUCUUCAGGAGACUGUAUUAAUUUGUUUGUUUGAAAACUUUUAAAUUUAUCAAUUUUAUAACUUUUUUUCCUCUAAAUCGAGUCACGAGGUUGAGGAGACGAAAAACACGCCACGAAUCACCAAACACCACAAUUUGAGAUUUACAGAAUUGUUUUUAAAUUCAAAGAGCACUGAUUUUUUUUUUCUGUGAUAAAGGGAUGAAGAACCACAAAACAAAUUCCUUUUGAAGGGUUUGACUUUAAGGCCCGUCCGCUCACUGCAGGGCAUCUGCUGAACCCAGUGUGUGUUUUCCUGUGUUUACUUCUUUUCAGACAACCACUGAUGUACUGUGAAAGCAUAUUGGUUAACAUAUUGAUUAAAUUAUAACUAAAGAUUUAUAAA